AUGCGAGAAGAUGAAGUGUCUGAAGAAGAAGAACAGCUACCAUCAGAUGAUGCAUCUGAAAAUGAAGGUUCUGGAUCAGAAGAUGAACAGGAGCAGGCGACUAGUCGACCUUACUUUGCCUUAAUGCAGAGUUUAUCUAAAGAACCAUCAGCUCCAAGCGCUAAAAGAAGAAAGCUUGACACUCAGUCUGAAGAAGUCAAGUCCAGUAAACUUAAUCAAAAAGAGGCCACUACAACCGAAGAAGAUGAAGAACGAGAUGUCGAUCAUGUAGAGGAAGCGGAAGAGGGGCCAGAUAAUGAGAUCGAAAUGGAUGAUGACGACGAUGAAGAUGUUCCAGAUUCAUCCGACCCAUUCGAAACUCACUUCGUCAACCCAGAUCAAAACGAAGUUCAAAAGCGUAUAAAGGCUAUUCAAAAUAACGAGUAUUCCCAGUCUCAUUCUGAGAAGAAUAAUUGGCGAUUAAUACGGAACUUUCCUGGAAAGGAUAUAGCUCAACCUGCAGCUCUCCCGCCCCCUAUACCCGGACCAUCCAGCUUAAACCUCAAACAUCGACUUGCUGAAACGGCCAACCGAAAACGGCCAACAUUUGACAAGCUGGAGCAAGUUCUAUAUCCAUUGACAUUCGCUUAUAAUGAUAUAUUAUUUUGUGGAAGAACCGCGAGAAACGCCGAAAGCUUACGCCGAAUGGCAUGUCUUCAUAGUGUCAAUCAUGUCUUCAAAACUCGAGAUCGAGUUAUUAAGAACAAUGCUAAACUAGCGAAGGAUGCCGAAAACAGCGACUUUGAGCCCAGAGAUCAGGGUUUCACGCGUCCCGAAAGUAUUGAUGCUACUUCCGACACGGAACUCGGCUGUCAAUAUGAGGACCGCCCAGAAGACUUCCGGGAGCUUUUCGAGGGCAACGACGAUGACAUGUUCCGCAUCGGCAUCAAGUUCACCCGGAAGACCAUUAAAUACUUUGCGCAGUUCUAUAACUCGGAUAUUCUAAUAGCGUCUCCGCUCGGCCUGCGCAUGGCCAUCGGAUCUGAGGAAGACAAGAAGGUUGACUUCGACUUUCUAAGUUCCAUCGAAGUUGUGGUCGUCGACCAGGCCGAUGCUCUACUUAUGCAGAACUGGGAGCACGUCGAGUACAUCUUUGAGCACCUCAACCUCCAGCCACGCGAGGCCCAUGACUGCGACUUCAGUCGCGUCCGCGAGUGGUACCUCGACAAGCAGGCCCAGAACUUCCGACAAACACUCGUCUUAUCAGCCUUCAACACGCCCGAGCUCGUCGAGCUGCAUCGCCGCUUCGGGACCAACUGGACCGGCCGCUUACGUGUGCAACCCGAAGCCUACCCUGGCGCUAUCGAGGAGCUCGGUGUCAAGGCCAAGCAGACGUUUUCGCGGUUCGAAGCCUCCUCCGUAGCCGCCGAGCCCGAUGCCAGGUUCGAGUACUUCACCAGCGCGGUCAUACCGGCGCUGACGAAGCGCGCCAAGAGUCAGGACCUCAGCGGCACUCUAAUUUUCGUCCCGUCUUACCUCGACUUCGUGCGCGUGCGCAAUUACUUCGCCACCUCCCCUGCCUGCGCGGGCCUCGCGUUCGCAGCUAUAUCCGAGUACGCCGAGGUGCCGGAGGCAUCGCGCGCGCGGUCCCAUUUCGCAAGCGGUCGACACCAAGUCCUACUAUACACGGAGCGCGCGCACCAUUUCCGACGGUACGCGUUACGGGGCGUCCGCCGGGUUAUUAUGUACGGAUUGCCUGAUAACCCGACUUUCUACAAGGAGAUUGUAGGCGGGUAUCUGGGGCGUAGCGAGAGGGAGUUGAAGCUCGAACCGGGGAGGGGGACGGCGAGGGUUAUGUUCUCGAGGUAUGAUCUUCUGAAACUGGAGAGGGUUGUUGGGUCUAAGAGGGUGGGUAGGAUGAUUAAGGAAAAGGGGGAUACGUUUGAUUUUGUAUGA